GACAUGGCGGAGGGUACAGUGUAACUGAGGCUCAGCGGCGGAGUUACGGGAGUUUUUCCAGCAGUUGACUCGGCAAAGGGCGCAUAAAAUGAUACAAGGAGGAGAGGAAAUGUUCUCAGCGACAGCGUACUCCGAGGGGAAGCAGAAAACAAGCUGAACUGCUACACGUUAGUAAGAUGGGAAAAUGCAUCGCUGUUUAGUGCAGUCAACAGCCUUGGGCAACAAAUAUGGCUUCUUGUGCCUUUUUCAAUAUGCUAUUAAAAAGGAUCUCCCAUGCAACUUAAUGCCGUGGUGGCUCUGGCGAACUUCUGCAAGCCGCGGUAAGUUCACUUCAAUCAUCGCUCGUUACUUUUGAUCGGUAGGGAUCUUCCAUCCACUUGAGCCGUCUGGGUUAGCUGGGAAAGCUACGGAACUACAGCGGAGAGCAAUGGAGCCAAAGCACAAAGAGUUGCUAGACCAGUACCACCAGAACUUAUUGGAGUCCAUAACAGAUGCCGACCGAGUCAUCGAGUUGCUGGUAGUCUCUGGUACCUUAAGCCAACUCGACAAGUUCGAGCUGGAGCAGAACUGCUCAUCUAGCGCCGAGAAAGUCGACCACCUUUUGAAGAUGCUGAUGAACAAGGAGAGCGACCAUUUCCUCGACCUGUGUGUGGCCCUGGAGAAGGCGUACCCUGACCUGUACGCUGCCCUGUUCGGUAACAACGGGGGACCAGUGGACCACUCCACCGGUUCCACAUACAGCGUUCUGUCCACCAUGCCAUCUGACUCGGAAAGCAGCAGCUCUCUCAGCAGUGUUGGUUCGCCUGUUAAUGGAGAAGCAUCUUCCCCUCCCCCAGCCAUUAAUGACAACCGGCACACCAGUGACAACCUGGACACCAUCUUAUUGCAGCUCCGCCAGGUGACCAGGGAGCGGGAUGAGCUCCGCAAGCGUCUGGCCUUGGCAUCGCCUGGGACCACCUUCGAUGACUGCAGGCCAAAUCCCAAAGCCAGCCAUGACUAUGAGCGUCUGAAAACUCAGUGCAUGAGGGCCAUGGCAGAUCUGCAGUGUCUCCAGAACCAACACACCAAAACACUAAAGCGCUGUGAGGAGGCUGUGAAGGAGGCUGACUUCUACCACAUGCUGCACAGCCGCGCCUUGGGCGACCAGGGCCAGAUGAAGGAAGAGAUGGAAACACUCAGGAGGGACAGCGCCCAACUCGUCCGAGAGCACAACCACCUGAAGCAGAAUUGUGAGGAGCUCAAGCGACUGCACAGUCAAGACCAAAAAGAGUUGUCAGACCUUCGACUUCAGCAACAGCAGGUAAUGAGAGAAAAAGGCUCAUCAGAGGUGUUAAAUAAGCUAUAUGAAACAACGAUGGACAAGCUGGAGGGUGUGAAGAAGGACUACGAUGCCCUGAGCAAGCGCUACAGUGAGAAGGUGGCCAGUCAUAACACAGACCUGAGCCGCCUGGAGCAGGCAGAGGAGGAGAACCGGAGGCUGCAGAAGCAGAUGGAUGCUGUACUGAAACAGAGAGACUCAGCCAUGCAUUACCAGCAGCAGUACUCUACCUCUGUGAGGAGGUUUGACUCGGUGCAGCAGGAGCUGAACAAGUCCUCGGCUCAGAACAAGGAGCUACAGAGAGAAAUGGAGCGACUGCAGGCGGAGGUGAGGCGCUACAAGAACCUGCAGCUGAAGACAGCGAAGGAUUGCGAGAAGUUCAAGGAGGAGAGGGACUCCGUGUUCAACGAGUAUCGUCUCAUCAUGAGCGAGAGGGACCAGGUGAUCAAGGAGCUGGACAAGUUGCAGACUGAACUGGAGGCAGCAGAAGCCCGACUGAAGAACACGUCAUCAGAGAGGGUUGUAGCCAGUGAGGAGCUGGAGGCACUCAGACAGGAGCUGAACUCGUCCCUGGUGGACCGCGACAGGGCCAUCUGUGAGAGGAACGAGCUACUGGAGAAGUACUGCCACGAAGUGAAGGACAAAGCAGAAGCCCAGAAGGAGCUGAGCCAGGCCUGCAAAGACAUCGAGAUGGUCCGGGAGGAGAGAGACGUGGCCCGAAAGGAGAGGACGGAGGCCAUCGUUCAAAGGGAUCAGCUCCUCCGAGAAUACUAUCAGGCCAGACAAAAACAAGACUCCGCUACCCUGGACAUGGAGCGAGCCAAUAAGGAGAUCGAGGUGCUAAGGAAGCAGUACGAGGCCAUGUCCCAGGAACUGAAGGAGGCCACACAGGAAGCUGAGGUGGCCAAAUGUCGAAGGGACUGGGCCUUCCAAGAGAGGGACAAAAUAGUAGCAGAGAGGGAGAGCAUAAGGACUCUGUGCGACAACUUACGGCGAGAAAGGGACCGGGCAGUCAGCGACCUGGCUGACGCGCUGCGUAACUUGGACGACAUGAGGAAACAGAAGAACGACACACUGCGAGAGCUGAAAGAGCUAAAGGAAAAGAUUGAGAGCCAGCUGGAGAAGGAGGCCCGGUUCUGUCAGUUAAUGGCUCACAGUUCUCAUGACUCUGCCAUCGACACCGACUCCCUGGAGUGGGAGACGGAGGUGGUGGAGUUUGAGAAGGACCGGGAUGACAUGGAUUUGAAAGCGCUUGGGUUUGACAUUGCUGAGGGGGUAAAUGAUCCAUAUUUACCUGGAGAUUGUGGGAUAUUUGUUACAAGGGUGGAUAAAGGAAGUAUUGCAGAUGGAAGGUUAAGAGUGAAUGAUUGGUUAUUGAAGAUUAAUGAUGUGGACUUGACCAACAAGGACAGGAAGCAGGUGGUGAAGGCUGUCCUCAAUGGAGGAGGAUUGAUCAACAUGGUGGUACGAAGGAGGAAAUCUCUGGGUGGGAGGAUGGCCACUCCUGUUCACAUCAACCUGACGGGCCAUAAAGAUUGUGGUAUUGGUCUGGAAAGUGGGCUGUUUGUCACUGCCAUUGUCCAGGGGAGUCCUGCAGCCAGGGAGGGCUCUCUCACAGUUGGAGACAGACUGAUUGCGAUCAAUGGAAUUGCUCUUGAUAAUAAGUCUGUGACCGAGUGUGAAGCUUUGUUGAGGAGCUGCAGGGACUCUCUCAGCCUUUCUCUCAUGAAGUUUUUCCCUCACAGCACAUCAGGUCAGAACAUUUUUGAGGGUCUGCGUGAGUCAUCUGAGAAGUCCAAUGGGCGAGUUCACCUGUCGGAGAUCCACUCCAGGAAUGGCCGCAACCUCAAACACAACAGCUCGACGCAGACUGACAUCUUCUGCCCUGACGUCGCAAGUGCUAGUUCAAGUAGCGUCUCUGGGGAAAGGAGGAAGGUCAGAGGUGAAUUUGAUGAGAUGUGCGGCAACGUGAGCAAGCCGUUCUCCACAGGUUCCCUCCAUGCCACUAGCCUCUGGCCAGUAACAGAUUUAGGAACUGGCCGUUACGGGCCCAGUGCUUUCCAAGAGUGCUGCUCUUAUGCAAAAGGGCCUUCCUCCUUACCCUUUGAGCCCGUCUCCCGCUCAGACUGCAUCAGUAUGGAAACGACCCUGGAGAAGAAGCACAGUGGGGGCACCUGGCCCAAGAUGAUGGUAGGAGGUAUGUCGGUCGCACCAGACGGUUCCAGUCCAGUCCCAGCAGGUACCCCACUCUCCAUCUUUAAAUCACCCAAGCAGAGAAAGUCCAUCUUUGACCCGGACACUUUCAAAUGCCCCGAAACUCCCUCCUCCAAAAUGGAGUACAUGGCAGCCAAUCAGAUAGCAGCAGUAGCUGCUGCAGCAGCUUGUCACUCGCCGCAGCCUUCAAAGACAGAGUCCCUCUCCUCCUCCUCCUCAACCCCCACCCCAACACCUCCAACUCCUCCCACCCGCAGUGACUCCUUUAAGUUCAAACACAAACAUCAAAGCAGCUCCACCUCUGACUGCACCAUCACUUCAGAUGGCAAAGGAGAGGCUGCCGUCUCCAAGGCAGCAGGAGAGACCAGAGACAGAAGCGAACGAGAAAGAGACCGGAAUGGAAACCACUAUUUCCUGGAAGGAAAGGUCCUGACCUCUAGAAAGUCAUGCGACGAGGACAUCGGCCGCACCAGAGGGGAGGAGUCAGAGGUGAAGAGACCUCGUCCCAAAUCUGCUCCUGCUCUUCGACGUAGGAUGACCCCACAGACCAUCACGCUUCCCUCCUUCCAAAGCUACUCCAACGAUGAGCAUUCUCCAGAGCCCAGGGACAUGCUGCGUUCUUCUCCCAGCCGUUCUCAUAGACACAGCGUUGGCUUCGUCCCUACGGUCUAUAACGGCACCCUACCUCCAAAUUCAGCCCACCGUGGGCUGUCUCCUUGCCCUGCGGUGACGGCUGUGAUGAGGAACCCUGUGUAUACUGUGCGCAGCCACCGCGUUCACACUACAAACUGUCCAUCUGUUGCAUCUCAGAUCUGUCAUCAGCACACCCACACCAGCCCACAACACCAGGGUCAUCUGAGCCUGGAUCUGAGCCAGCAGAAACGUGCAAAUGACUACCCAGAGUCCUCCUCGUCACGCAGCAGCAGAGCUUCACACGGUACAAACUCACUGCCCUCCAGCGCAUGGCUCGGGUCUUCCAGUAAUGUCCAGUACCGCACAGAGAGGAUCAAAAUUCCCUCCACUCCUCGUUACCCCCGAUCCAUGCUGGGUUCGGAUAGAGGUUCCCUCUCACACUCCGAGUGUAGCAGCCCCAGCCUCAUCACGCCGCCACAGUCGCCGCUUAAUCUGGAGACUUCCUCGUUUGCCAGCAGCCAAUCACAAGGCUCCAUUUCCACUCUGCCCCGGAUCUCAGUCAGUCCUGUGCAAAUAGGGGAGCGCAGGAAAGAUAGACCAUACUUGGAGGAACCACGCAAUGUUAUUGUGCACAAAGGUGCAGAGCCCCUGGGCAUCUCCAUCGUCAGCGGGGAGAAUGGAGGCAUCUUUGUCUCUAAAGUUACUGGAGGUAGCAUCGCCCACCAGGCUGGCUUGGAGUAUGGAGACCAAUUACUGGAGUACAAUGGUAUUAACCUGCGAAAUGCCACGGAGCAGCAGGCUCGUCUCAUCAUCGGCCAGCAGUGUGACACCAUCACCAUCAUGGCCCAGUAUAACCCUCACAUGUACCAGCUGGGGAACCACUCUCGCUCCAGUUCUCGUCUCGAGCCUGUCAGCGCUCAGUCGACUCCACAGGGGAGCGGGGCAGCUACUCCUGACAAUCACUCCAACAUCGAUACGCUCAGCGAACAGGACGAAGGCACUCUCACUCCUUCAUCCAAGCAGACCACACCCACUACCAGCCCUCACAACUUCAUCAGGAUUCCAUCAGAGGGCAGCAGGAAGGUGGGCGAGCCUCGGCUGGUGACGGUGCGUAGACCCGGGGUGGAGGUGGGAGUCACGCUCUGCGGGGGAAACCUGCGGGGCGUCUACAUAGAGAGUCUGGACGAGGACAGUCCUGCCAGAGGUCCGGAUGGGCUCCUAUCUGGAGACCUGAUCCUGGAGUAUAACUCGGUAAAUAUGAAGAAUAAGACAGCAGAAGAGGUGUAUGUUGAGAUGCUGAAACCUGCAGAGACGGUCACUUUAAAGGUGCAGCAUCGGCCCGACGAAUUCAGCACCAUUAAAGAUGUCCCCGGAGACGGCUUUUACAUUAGAGCACUUUACGACAGGGUGGGGGAGGCUGAAGGGGACCUCAGCUUCAAGAAGGAUGACAUCCUUUACGUGGAUGAGUCUUUACCAGAGGGCAGCUUUGGGACCUGGAUGGCCUGGCAGCUAGAUGAGAAUGCACAGCAGAUCCAGAGAGGACAGAUCCCCAGCAAGUACAUGAUGGACCAAGAGUUUUACCGCAGACACAGCGUGACAGAAAUGAAGGAAGAUUCCGGUAAGACGCUCUCUGCGGCGGCCCGCAGAUCCUUUUUCAGGAGGAAACAGAAACACAAACGCAGCAGCUCCAAAGAUAGCAAAGAGAUGGUGGCUCUGGACACCAUCAGCACCGACUCCAUCCCCUUCUUUGAAGACUGCGUGAGCCUGGCCUAUCAGCGAGUCCAGAAGGUGGAGUGCACAUCUCCUCGACCGGUGCUCGUACUCGGGCCUCUGACUGACCCGGUGAAAGAGCGGCUGAUUAAAGAAUCUCCUGGGAAAUUCUGCAGAUGUGUGCUGGAGGUGAUGAAGGCCUCCCAGCAAGCCAUCGAGCGUGGCGUCAAAGAUUGCCUCUUUAUCGACUACAAGCGCAGGAGUGGACACUUUGAUGUGACCACCGUAGCUUCAAUAAAGGAAAUAACAGAUAAGGGUUGCCACUGUUUGCUUGACAUCGCCCCACACGCCAUUGAAAGGCUCCACAGCGUUCACAUUUACCCCAUUGUUGUCUUCAUCCGCUACAAAAAUGCCAAGCAGAUUAAAGAACAGAAGGAUCCAGUCUAUCUGCGGGACAAAGUCUCUCAAAAACAUUCCAAGGAGCAAUUUGAAAGUGCGCAGAAGAUCGAGCAAGAGUACAGCAAGUUUUUCACAGGUAUUGUCCAAGGUGGCACCCUCCCUUACAUUUGCACUCAGAUCAUCACUAUAGUUGAUCAGGAACAAAGUAAAGUCCUGUGGACUCCACUCGGCUGCCCCUAGAGGACACCAGCAGCCACUGCAACAAGCUCUCGUCUCCAUUCCCCAAACACCGAUUAACUCUCACUCUGCACCAAUAGGUACACCACAAUGAGCUAGUUGUGUAAAUUAUUGAUUUUUUUAUUUUUUAUUUUGUCCUCAUGAUUUGUAAUCUGUUUCCUUUAUUCCUCGUGUAUCUGGAGCAGGUUGGUAGCAUUUGGAUAUUAAGUUGUUGGUCUUCCCUGAGAUGGUGUCUUUGUAAUGCUGCAUUGUAAGAGUCCGUUUGCAGACACAGGAGCUGUCUGAUUAUUGGUGUUCAGUGUUUGCUGGAAUAUGUGUGCGACCCCCUAUGAACAUUAACCUCAACACUAAUGAAGUUCAACCAACCAAAUUACAUUUGUGGAUUCCCUACAAUUAUGCACCCAUUUACCGAUGACUGACAACUAUAUAUAUAUAUAUAUAUUUUUAAUGUGUGUGUGUGUGAAAGUGUGAACAAAACCUCGAGACUGUUGUUCACAAUUGUAAAAGACAAUUUCAGCGGAGGUGGUGGUUGGCAUGGAUGCACCCAGACCGCCAUCAGACAUCAACGGUUCAUCACAGAAGUGCAAAAGCAUCAAAACCUCUUCAAGUAUGUAGCUGUGGACUCCAUGAAGCUGCCUGCCACCAAGUCACCGAUGUUUGCUCUAUGCAUCAUUUCUGUAGUAGCUGGACGUGUGGACAGUUUCUAGGCCUUUCAGAAGUGCCUUUAAAAAAAGAAACCUGAUCUGAAAUCAGCCCUCAGUCAUUCAAGCAGUUUUGUUUUUAAAUGUUCUCUUCAGUCCACCAUCACUCAUUGAGGCCAACAUGAUUGAGGGGCUGAUCUGAGACCAGUUAUUCUUAGAGCGUGGAACAAAAGUUGAGGUAUUGAAGGUAGGCCGAAGCGGUGGCCAGUGAGCUAACUCAGAAUGCACUCCAGGCUAAGACAGACCACUGUGUAACUAUCCUGCUCUUCAGCAUAUAUUUAACAGCAUAGAGUAUACUAUGUAUGGUAUGCAGAGAAACCUGUAAAAAUAAAAAACAAAAAAAACGUAUAUCUAUAUAAGUAUAUAUUACAUGUAUUUUUACUAGGUUGUAUGUCCCAGAUUGUUCAGCAGUCAUGUCUUAACAGGUAUUAGCAUUAUUUUUUAAUUACUGGUUGUAAGUCACAUAUUGAUGUUUUCAUUAAGACCUAAUGAAGCAACGUUUGCAGGGUAAUUACCUUUAAGAGUUUUCCUCUGGUCCGUUUAAAUGUUACUGACUUUUUAUUGUUGUUUGUAAUUUUUGGUUUUUAUUCAGAAGGCAAAAAAAACCCCAUCCUUUCUAUUAUUGUGCCAAAAUCCACUAAAACGACUUCCUUCCUUUAAUUCCUUUUUUGCACUUGUUCAUCUGUAAACCUUAAACAUGUUUCCAGCAUCCUGCUAACAGGUACUACGAUUUCUAUAACUAAUUCAUGUUGUGUUUCAUGUCCGUUCCUUACAUUUCAUUGAUGGCCUUUUAUCAAAAUUAGAAAAGAAGAUAACUUUGUAUUUGAGUUCUCAAAAAGGGAUUUGUUCUUGCACAUUUUUUUUCCAAAUAAAAAUUUUUUCACACGUUUGACGAUCGACCUUAAAGAAUAAGCGGAAGUGACGUGUACCGUUACUAUUUUAGUUGGAAUCCGUUACAUUGAGGUGCAACGUGAAAUAGUUUAUUCUAGAGAAAGGGUCCAUAAGGAGUCUAGAUGAAAGGUACUGAUUGGACCUUUUCUUUCACUUAACAAAAAAAAAAGAUUUGUAUGUUGAAACAUUAACAUGAGAAUAAAACUCAUUUUUUGGCAUCGCAACACAGACUCUGGAUCUUCCUAAUUAAAGUAAAAACAAGUAUGGAUUUUCUCACGCUUAGCUGGCGAGGACCACCUGAGAAGAACUAUAACAACUGUUUUCAUUCUGCUAAAAUGUUUCCAUCCUUGAGAGUUGUUGGACAUACGUUCAUCCUUAUUGUCGAAGGUAGCGGAGAAAAGAGGCUGAUAAAAUGCCAUCAAUUACUGAAAUGAGAUAAGGUGUGAUGCCUGAACUUCAGAUGAAUAAAAACAGCUGAGGAGA